UUUAGUUUUCUGUGCGUGUGUGGAGUUACCGUAGGCUGGCGAGAACGGUAUUCCUAUUACCCAACAUGGCCAGCAGCCACGACGACGAGACGCACGCCGACGCGAUACAACUGCCACGAUAGUAACCAGGACAUCGAUUGCGUGUUCCAGAACGUUGCCAUCGACGGUGGCUCGAAGGAUGUCGGCUUCGGGCAUCCGGAUACACGGUACAACAACCAGCAGCGGUUGGCGUUUAAAAACUCGAUCAUGCGCACAUUCCCGCGCACGCUGCUGCAAUCGUUUCCCAGCGUCGUGCAGCUCGACCUGACGGAACUGCAGAUAGGAACGAUCGAACCGGGUGCCUUCGAUAACGGCCAGUUUGUGCGCGAGCUGCAGCUCAGCUCCAACGAUGUGGAAUGGCUUAUGCCGAACGUGUUCUAUGGGCUGCCUGCGCUGGAGUUGUUGCUGAUGAACGAGAAUAAGCUGCGUAGCUUGCCGAGGUCCGCGUUUCAGACCACGCGCAAUCUCACCGUGCUGUCGAUGGCAAACAACAGCCUGGAGUACAUCGAGGAUGGUACGUUCGAGGCGACGAAGAAGCUGCAGGAACUGAAUCUGGGCAGCAACAAGCUCACGCACGUCGACUUAUCGCUCGUGCCGAGCCUGUUCUACGUCGACGUGCGCCACAAUCUGCUCGAAGUGCUCGCGAUUUCGGAAGAAGUCGAGCAGCUGCAUGCUGCGUACAACCACAUCCAUCGAGUGGUGGGAUCGCCCAACGAGCGGUUGAUUUUCCUCAGCUUAGCGCACAAUAAUCUAACCGAAGUGCGUUGGUUAGCGCGCUAUCCCGCGCUAAACGAACUGGAUCUAUCGCACAACAUGCUGGAGGUGGUAAAGUCCGCGGACUUUGUGGCGUUGCACAACCUGUCGAAGUUGCUGUUGAACAACAACCGUCUCGUGGCGUUGGAGCUGAACCAGGGAUCGACGAUGACGCUUCCGGCGCUCCGGACGCUCGAUCUCUCGUACAACAAGCUGCUGCACGUGGAGAAGAACAAGGUGCAGUUUAGCGUGCUGGAGCAGCUGUACCUGGACCACAACGCGAUCGUGAAGCUAAAGCUGGCCGCUGAUCAUACGCUCCGGAAUCUGACGCUGGCCAGCAACGACUGGGACUGUGGCAACCUGCGAAGCGAGCUGUUGCGGAUCGUGUCCUUCACGGUGAUGCACGACAGCGACCAAAACUGUCGUCCCGAUUACCAGCUCGAGGGUGACCGAUUCUGCUGCAAGGAAAGCGACAAGCCGUACCUUGAUCGGUUGGUGCAGUUCCUGCGGCAGGACAGCAUCUUUGAGAAGCAGCGACGGGCGCAGGGUCGGUGCAGUGGUGAGGCGGCGCUUUCCGACGUGCAGGACCUUUCACGCACCAUGAACGAGUCGGGUGUGUUGCUGCAAUCAAGCCAGCAGCUGCAAACCGAACUCAACCAGCUGCAGGACGAGAUCAACCAGCUGCGUCAGAACACGGAAGCUCAGGAGCAGUUGCUGGCCGCGUUGCACGGUGAGAUUGAGGCUAACCUGCGCCGGUACCAUGUGCCGAAGGUGGGCCUUGUGUCGGCGAGCGAGAACCUGCGGAAGGUGUUCGCGCACCUGAAGGACCGGAAGGAGUUUAUGAGCCGGCAGACGAACGGGCGUCAGUCGGAGGCGGAUGCGAAGCGUGACGAAAUCGUCGCACUGGAACAAGAGAACACCGGGCUGCAGCAGGCUCUGGAUGAGAAAAAGGUGAAGCUGUCGGAGCUGAAGCAGGAGAUUGCGGCCAAGCGCAACCGGGUGAAGCAGUUGGAGGCUAAAAAGAACCAAAACCCCAACACUCGACAUAUUACGAAGUGAGGCGUGUCUCGUUGGAGCCGUUACUAUGGCAACGUAGAACCAGGGCGCGUUUGUGCGCGAGUUAGUCUAGUGUGAGCGGUGGGUUUCGUUUUGACAAAUAAAAAUGUAGCUAACA